ACAAAUCAAUUGGCAACAUCGAGGAGCGAGCGAUCAUCAUGAUGGCGGCACGUCUCCGCCGCACUCCGUACGCUAUGCAGUCCUUUGCUCGCAACAAGAGUGGAGGAUACGUCCAGGAGACCGUCAUCCCUACCUUUCACUUCCAAAAGUCGCUCACGAGGCUGCCGAUUCCGUCCCUUGACGACACGCUGAAUCGUUACGUGCUUGCAGUCCAACCCGUCGUGAACAUCCACGAGUUUGAAGCGACGAAGCGCGCUGUGGAUAAAUUUCGCAAGCAGGAUGGACCGGAGUUGCAUGCGGCACUGGUUGCUCGCGACAAGGCGUCUCCCGAAACGAGCUACAUCAACAAAUGGUGGUUCGACAUGUACGUCCAGGACCGCCAGCCGAUCGUGAUCAACGUCAACCCGCAGAUCAAAAUCAAGGACGACCCUGCCCCCGCGAAGAACGCGCAAAACCAGCGCGCCGCGUCGCUGAUUGCGUCGUCGGUCCGCGUCUUCCGCACGUUGCGCGAUCGCCAACUCGAGCCCGACAUCUUUCACACCAAGCCCAACUAUACCAAGACAUCUGCAUUCAACACGUUCUGCAAGUUCCUUCCCGAGUCCAUCUCGUUCUAUGGCGCGGCGGCGCUCGGCGCGUACCCACUGGACAUGAGCCAGUACAAGAACCUAUUUCACUCGACGCGCAUUCCGCUCGUCGGUCAGGACGAGCUCAAGCUCUUUCCCGACUCAAAGCACGUCGUCGUGCAGCACGGACCAGCAUUUUAUAAGUUUGACGUGUUGAAGGCCGACGGAUCCGCUGUGGCUGACGCCGACAUUCUCGCCUGCAUCAACUCGAUCUUGGCCAAGCCCGUUGGGACGGAGUUGGGGGUCGGCCUCCUCACGACGCUCAACCGCGACGACUGGGCUCGUGCCCGGACGAAGCUAGUUCAGUCGGACAAUGUGAAUGCGUCCAGUCUGCAUGACAUUGACAGCGCACUCUUCGUGGUGACGCUGGAAGACAAGGCGCCGGAGACCGCGGCGGCGAUUUCACGCACGUUCUUGCAUGGCGAUGGGACGAACCACUGGUUCGACAAGAGCUUUCAGUUGAUUGUAGCGCGCAACGGCAAGGCGUCCGUGAACUUCGAGCAUUCUUGGGGCGACGGUGUGGCGGUGCUUCGCUAUUUGAACGAAAUGUACACAGAUAGCAUCCAGCAUGGCGCGCUGGAUGCCGGAGUCGGGGCAGCUGUGCCUCUCCAGUGGAACCUCUCGUCUGAAACGAAGCACACGCUCGAGAACGCCAAGAAGACGUUUGACGCGUGGACGGCGCGGCUGCUGAUCGAAGUGGCCGAGUCCCCCGUGACUCGUCAACUUGCGUCGGACCAUGGGAUAGGCACGGACGGCGUCAUGCAAAUGGCGAUCCAACUGGCGUACUUUCGAUUGCACCAUGCGUUUGUGUCAACGUACGAGAGCGCGAGCACGGCAGCGUUCAAGCACGGGCGCACGGAAACGAUUCGAUCGUGCACGAACGAAGCGGUUGAAUUCUGUCAAACCGUCGAGUCCACGGUCGCGUCGUCAGCUGACAAGGCGGCGGCUCUUCGCAAUGCGGUCAAGAAGCACGGAGAACUGACAAAGAACGGGGUGAUGGGCCAGGGCUUUGAUCGCCACUUGUUUGGGUUGAAGAAGAUCGCGGCAAUCCAAGGCAUGCCGGUGCCAGAACUGUUUGAUCUGCCGUCGCACGCUGUGAUGAACAAGAUCAUUCUGUCGACGAGCACACUGUCGAGCCCGAACCUGGAUGGAGGCAGCUUCGGUCCCGUGAACGAAGACUGCUACGGCAUUGGGUACGGCAUCGAGAACCAGGGGUCGAUCUUCCAGCUCGCGAGUUACCGCAAGGACCUCGCGGACCUCAAGGCCGCCUUGGUCUCGAGUCUCCAUGACAUCGAAGCGAUCUUGCGAGCUGAGAAAAAGUAGCGGGUCGGAAACCUGAACCGUAUAAACUAGUUCAAUCGAAUAUUUUGACCAAUU